AUGUCUCACGUGACUCUGCAGUUGGUCUUCUUUGAUGGAGGAGAGGCUUUUGAGCAGUGGACUCCGACAGACUCACUGUAUGGUUCACGCCACCUUGCAGACCACAUGUCCCUCAUUCCUCACCCUCCAGGUUCUGAACACACUAUGCUGCUAAAUGCUGUGGAUUUCUUUGUUCUUUUGGACCUCACUGGGGCCCAAGAUCCCAAGAUAGUGAAUCGCUUUGAGAAUACAGCUCAUUGGUUUGACCGCCUUAUCACUGCAGAGAAGAGACUUCAUCCUCUGGGCCUCCUGUCUUCCCAUCAAAAUGAGCAGAGUUAUUUCAGGAAGGAUGUGAACAUGGGGCCAGUUGAAGAUGACCAUCUUCCUUUCCUUGAAAGAGGAGUUCCAGUGCUGCACAUGAUCGCUACACCUUUCCCUUCCUUCCUGCACACGAUGGAGGACACAGGAGACCAGAUUCAUAGCCACACAGUGGAGAAUCUCACAAAAGUCCUUGUGGUCUUUCUUGCGGAAUAUUUCCGGCUUUAGGCGUGCUAUAACAUUUCAGCCAACCACAUCCUACAUGGAUUAGCCUAUAGCUCAGCUUCACUGCUUAAGGAUAUCUGACAUCAGUGGC